AUGUCAUCAAACUCAUCCGAUGUAAAUCUCAUUCUAAGUUUGAAUUUGAUCUCAGCUCAGAUCAAUCGUUAUUUAUCGAUUAUCAUUCUUCUUUUCGGUACUGUGGGCAACAUUUUCAAUUGUCUCGUUUUAUCUCAAAAAACUCUUCGUAAAAAUCCAUGUUCAUGGCUUUUCCUUGCAUCAUCAAUUACCAGUCUCAUCACUCUCGUUGCUGGUGUUGCCGUUCGGUUAAUGGCGGGUUGGUCAGCAGAUUUAACCGACACAGUUCCAUGGCUCUGUAAAUUUCGAAUCUUUGUUCUGUUUGAUUCAAGAACAAUUGCUUCGUGGCUAAUCAUGUUGGCCACAGUUGACAGAUGGUUUUCAUCAAGUAUCGAUGCCAAUCGUCGUCACAUGAGUACAUUGAAGAAUGCUCAACGUGGCACACUUCUUAUUAUGCUUCUAUCAAGCCUGGUCUAUGCACAAAUAUUCUACUGCUAUGAAGCCAAUCUCACCAAUGCUCCAUUGAAAUGUUAUGGAAAAACAAUAGGGUGCCGUCUAUUAAUUGAUUUUACAUUUACUAUAGUUAGCAUUCUUACUCCUUCGUUGCUCAUGUUUAUUUUUGGUUUUAUGACUAUUUUGAAUAUACGUCACAGUGCUCAGCGACGUAUACAACCUAUGAGUCUUUCAUUAACGAUGCAGGAGUCAACUAUCAACGGACAAACAUCACAGUGGAAAAAAACCGAUCGACAUCUGCUUACUAUGCUACUGGUUCAAGUUAUUCUUCUCACACUGUUUUCAUUACCACAAGCUAUCCAAAAUAUCUACGCAAACAGUACAAGAAAUGAAUCAAGAACACAAUUACAGAGUACCAUUAACAAUUUUGCUUUCAACUUGUUUCUUCUACUCACUUAUGUAACUAAUGGAAUGCCGUUCUAUAUUUACACAUUAGCUGGUGGAACUAUAUUUCGAAAAGCACUUUUUAAUGUAUUACGUAGCGUAACUCGAAAGAUUAUAUGUCGAUAA